CCGCCCCGACGACGCUCUCGUCGUCGUCUCCCUUCACAAAAGCCCCCCUCGAUCUCUGCUCCAAAGAAACUUCUCCUCUUCCCAGUUCCCACGCCAUUCCCAUCCCUCAAGAUCCCACCUCCUCGACCCCAGUCUCCGUCGUGGAGCACCGCAUUGGGCACGGACGUCGUGUCUCUGGGAUACUAUCUCGGAUCUGACCGUCGAGCCAGCGGCGGCGGCGCCGGGGUCUUGGUGCGGCAGAGGCGAGGCUGCGAAUCCAAGAAGUGCAAGAAGAGGCGGCGGGGAGGAUGGCGCAUCCGCGGGGUGGGGGAGGAGGGGUGCGGCUGCCGCCGAUGAACGCGCUGGAGAUCCUGCGGGAGACGGUGCGCGUGCUGCGCGCGGACCCGCACGCGUUCACGUCCGUCCUGUUCCUGCUGCUCUGCCCGGCGUCCGGGUGCCUCCUCCUGUCCGCGGCGGCCCUGGACGGGGCCGUCGUGCUGCCGCUCGCGCGGAGGCUCCUCGUCGCCGCCGCGGCGUCGGGGCUCCCGCUCACGCAUUUCGUCAGGCAGCUGGCGCACCACUUCGCCGCCACGCUCGUGUCCGCCGUCGUGUCGUUCCCGGCUCUCCUCACGCUCCUCCUCGCCGCCCGCGCUGCCGUGGCCUACGCCGUCGCGGCAGUGUACGCCGGGAAACCCCUCCCCGCGGCCGACAUCACCCUUCUCGCGCGCCGUGCGUGGCCGCGCCUCGCCGCUACGUACGCGCUCGGGUGCGCCGCCGUCGUCGCCGGCCUCGUUGCCUUCCUUGCCCUCCUCGUCACCGCCUGCUCCACGCUCAAGGCCAUGCUCUACCCGCCUGACAUUGUCGUCUGCGCCGGCCUCUUCACAGUUCUUGCCUACUCCGUGGUGUACGCGCACACCAUCAUAGUGUGCAACCUUGGCGGCGUCAUUGCCGUUCUUGAGGACGUGGCCGGGGUCAAUGCGCUGCGCCGGUCGGUGGAGCUGAUGCGCGGCCAAACCCAUGUCGGGCUGUUCAUCUUUCUUGGAUCCACCAUAGGCCUCGCUUUCGUCGAGGGGCUGUUUGAACACAGGGUGAAGACACUUAGCUAUGGCGAUGGGUCGUCGCGGCUCUGGGAGGGGCCAUUGCUUGUCCUCAUGUACUCGUUCGUGAUGCUGAUUGAUUCGAUGAUGAGUGCAGUGUUCUACUUCACUUGCCGGUCAUCGAACUUGAACUUCUUGGACGAGGAGGGUGGCUCGGUUGAGGAGCUUGAGAUGAUGGUGGCUGGCAAUUCAGAUGCUGUCAGGUGAUGAAGAAGAUUGGUUUGUUUCUCACAGGUGUAUCUGCUCAUAUUGUCAUGGGGUAAUAAGUGAGAUGGCCAUGGUCAGGCUUUGCGUGGAUCGACCUAUGGUAUUGGUGGUUGCGGCGCCAUGACUAUACACUUUUUGUGUAUGCCUUAUCGAUUAACGUUGUGAAAGGAGCAUUUUUUGCAGCCAUUUGGGAUCCUCCGUGUUCAUGUAAUGGAGGUUGUGUAAGAGAAGAUGAGAGGGAGUUCUGUCAUGCGGGUGUGUUCUUAAUCAGACCUGAGUUUUGGUGGCGAUUCGAUAGCUGGCGAUAUGUGUAGCAUUCUUUCAAAAUGAUGUAACUAGUGUAUCAAUUUGAUUGUUGUUGAAUAUUUGUCGCCUUACAACUUUUUGGUUAUACUGAAUGAAACAUUUUCUGUUACCGAGGAAAUACUAACGAUUCUAAUACUUGAUUCUUGUAG